CCUGACGUCGAUAAUGUCGGAGAAGUGCCGUCCGUCAAUCAGAACGUGGUCGAUUUGAGAUUCCGUCUGCUGUGGUGAUCUCCAGGUGUAACGAUAAGGGAGGCUGUGUUGGAAAAAGGUGCUACGGGCGGCUGAUCUACGUCCGAGUGCCAGGGAAGGACUCUAAGCUCAACUGUGCACUAUGGUCCUCCGGAAAGUAGGGGGUUGGUGUCAGGCCCUACGAUCCAGCCGUAAAAAAACCAUUGUAACGGAAAAUCAGCAACAGAAUAAUACGAACCGAGACUAACGGCAACGACCCCAGCGAACAAAAAGGACUUGCGAUUGGAAACUCGGUACGUGGAACUGCCGAUCUCUCAACUUCAUUGGGAGCACCCGCAUACUCGCCGAUCUACUGAAGGACCGCGGGUUCGGCAUCGUAGCGUUGCAGGAGGUGUGUUGGACAGGAUCCAUGGUGCGAACGUUUAGAGGUAAUCAUACCAUCUACCAGAGCUGCGGCAACACACGCGAGCUGGGAACAGCUUUCAUCGUAAUGGGUGAAAUGCAGAGGCGCGUGAUCGGUUGGUGGCCGAUCGACGAAAGAAUGUACAGGUUGAGGAUCAAGGGUCGAUUCUUCAACUUCAGCAUAAUAAACGUGCACAGCCCACACUCCGGAAGUACUGAUGAUGACAAGGACGCAUUUUACGCGCAGCUCGAACGCGAGUACGAUCGCUGCUCAAGCCACGACGUCAAGAUCAUCAUAGGAGAUUUGAACGCUCAGGUAGACCAGGAGGAGGAAUUCAGACCGACGAUUGGUAAGUUCAGCGCCCACCAGCAAACGAACGAAAACGGCCUACGACUCAUUGAUUUCGCCGCCUCCAAAAAUAUGGCCAUACGUAGCACCUUUUUCCAACACAGCCUCCCUUAUCGUUAUACCUGGAGAUCACCACAGCAGACGGAAUCUCAAAUCGACCACGUUCUGAUUGACGGACGGCACUUCUCCGACAUUAUCGACGUCAGGACCUAUCGUGGCGCCAACAUCGACUCCGACCACUAUCUGGUGAUGGUCAAACUGCGCCCAAAACUCUCCGUCAUCAACAAUGUACGGUACCGGCGACCGCCACGGUACAACCUAGAGCGACUGAAGCAACCGCACCGAUACACUUCGCACUGCUUGAUUGUGGAUAGCAUUACUACGAUGGUACACACGUUGUGUCUGAAACAGCCUCAGCAGUAG